GACCAUAACAAAGCAACAAUGCCAGACUGGAUUCCAGCCCGGGGUUGAAGUUCUUUGAGGGCAGAAACGCGCCGAAGCUGUUGCGUGGAUCCUGCAUUCAUUAAUUCAGUGAAGUCUCGCGGUGUCCACGCAACCUCCCAGACAUCUUGCGUUUGUCAGACCGCUACGAAUCUGCUACACGCACGAGCAGAAACGCAGCAGAGUCCCAUCCGGCAGUGCCAUCACAUCUUCACAUGCGGGGGCUGAACUGAGUUUGCGCGCUCGAGACACCCGGAGAGCAUCGCGUGCGGCGAUAUUUUCGAAUUGUGCGUCAUUUCUGCAUUUCUUCGUUUCCACCCAGGCAAUAUGGCAACCCCCGUCGCUGUAAACCCAUCGGAAAUGGGCACGGAUCUGCCGGGACCAGUAGCCAUGCCAGGCGCUGUGGUGGGAGCGGGUCAGGUCAGGAUGGCAGGCGCCAUGCCAGGGAGAGGAGGCAAGCGGAGAUCAACGGGGAUGGACUUUGAUGACGAGGACGGAGAGGGACCCAGCAAAUUUUCAAGAGAGAACCACAGUGAGAUUGAGCGCCGCCGGCGUAAUAAGAUGACCCAGUACAUCACCGAGCUGUCGGACAUGGUGCCCACCUGCAGCGCGCUAGCCAGGAAACCAGACAAACUCACCAUCCUGCGCAUGGCCGUCUCACACAUGAAGUCCAUGAGAGGAACGGGGAACACAUCCACUGACGGCGCUUACAAACCCUCCUUCCUGACCGAACAGGAACUGAAACACUUGAUUCUGGAGGCGGCUGACGGUUUCCUGUUUGUGGUGGCGGCCGAGACGGGUCGCGUCAUCUAUGUGUCAGAUUCUGUCACUCCGGUUCUGAACCAUCCGCAGUCCGAGUGGUUUGGCAGCACGCUCUAUGAGCAGGUCCAUCCGGACGACGUGGACAAACUGAGGGAACAGCUGAGCACAUCUGAGAACUCAAUGACAGGACGUAUUCUGGACCUGAAGACGGGGACGGUGAAGAAGGAAGGACAGCAGUCCUCUAUGAGAAUGUGCAUGGGCUCCAGACGUUCCUUCAUCUGCAGAAUGAGGUGUGGAAGUGCUCCACUGGAUCAUAUCUCACUGAAUCGGUUGUCCAGCAUGAGAAAGAGAUACAGGAACGGUCUUGGCCCAUCUAAGGAGGGGGAGGCGCAGUACUCUGUUGUGCACUGUACCGGUUACAUCAAGGCCUGGCCGCCAGCGGGCAUGACCAUUCCGGAUGAAGACACAGAAGCAGGUCAAACCAGCAAAUACUGCUUGGUUGCAAUUGGAAGACUGCAGGUGACCAGUUCUCCAGUUUCCAUGGAUAUGAACGGACUCUCUGUGCCGACAGAAUUCCUUUCCCGCCACAACUCGGAUGGCAUUAUCACUUUCGUGGACCCUCGCUGCAUCAACGUGAUUGGCUACCAGCCUCAGGAUCUUCUCGGCAAAGACAUUCUGGAGUUCUGCCACCCAGAGGACCAGAGCCACCUGCGAGAGAGCUUCCAGCAGGUGGUCAAGCUGAAAGGACAGGUUCUCUCGGUCAUGUAUCGGUUCAGGAUGAAGAACAGAGAGUGGAUGCUCAUCAGAACCAGCAGCUUCACCUUCCAGAACCCUUAUUCAGACGAGAUUGAGUACAUCAUCUGCACCAACACCAAUGUCAAGCAGCUUCAGCAGCAACAGCAGGCCGAACUGGAGGUUCACCAGAGAGAUGGACUUACUGCUUAUGACCUGUCACAGGUGCCGGUUGCCAGCGUCCCAGCUGGGGUUCACGAGGCAGGCAAGACCAUCGACAAAACCGAUUCACUGUUCUCGCAGGAGAGAGACCCGCGCUUCAGCGACAUGUACUCAGGGAUCCCUGGAUCUGAUAAGAAGAUGAUGGUGCCGUCCUCCACUGCUGGCGGCCAGCAGUUAUACUCUCAAGGGAGCCCAUUUCAACCUGGACACUCUGGCAAGAGCUUCAGCUCAUCUGUGAUCCACGUCCCAGGAGUCAAUGACAUCCAGUCCACAGCCGGUUCGGCAGGACAGAACCUGACCCAGAUCUCCCGGCAGAUCAACGCCGGCCAGGUGUCCUGGACAGGAAGCAGACCGCCCUUCUCCAGCCAGCAGCAGAUUCCUGCUCAGUCUAACAAGGCCCAGUCUUCACCGUUCGGCAUCGGCUCCAGCCACAGCUACCAGGCCGACCCGUCCUCUUACAGCCCUCUGUCCAGCCCCGCCACCUCCUCGCCCUCUGGAAACGCCUACUCCAACCUAGCCAAUCGCAGCAAUGCUUUCGAUGUGUCGGGUGAAGGCGGUCAGAGCGGAGGGCAGUUCCAGGGCCGGCCGUCUGAGGUCUGGUCUCAGUGGCAGAGUCAACACCACAGUCAGCAGGGAGGAGACCAGCAUCCUCAUCCUCAGUCCAGCCAGAGCGAGGUCUUCCAGGAUAUGCUGCCGAUGGCAGGGGAUCCAACCCAAGGAACAACCAAUUACAACAUCGAAGACUUUGCCGACCUCGGCAUGUUCCCGCCGUUUUCUGAGUAAUCGCAGACUCUUUUGUUUGUUUGUUUGUUUCAGUUCGGACUGCAGUAACUUCAUCUCACAUGUGACACACAUCACGCUGCUGAAACACAUUUCUGCCUACACACACACAAACACACAGUUGACACUAUUGACUUGAUCACUUGUACACAAACAGUUAAAACACACAGCGCUAGGAGUAAAAUAAAUAUAUUCCCAGUUUUGAUGCUUUUCUUUCAUUUAAUCAUCAUGUGAUGAUGAACUGCUGCCAUUAGCACAAAAAAUGUUACAGAAGAUUUUGUAAGCAGUAAAAGUGCAAGAUUAUUUCUGCAAAGGCAUCAUUUACUUAUAAUAAAGCAGCAUCAAUAAAAAGCCUAAUUUACAU